AUGGCUGACCACCACGGCUGUAACUCUAGCGAUACGUACUGCAUACUCACAGGCCUAAACUGUGGUGAGACAGCCGUCAUCUCAGUUGUGACUGUUGGCAGAGGAUGCUGGAGCAAACCAAGCCUCCCUUUGUUGUUCCAGUCAGCACCUUGCCCUCCCACCCAGCUACAUGUUGACUCAUCCUGCGACUCAAACAACAUCUCGGUGUCAUGGCAGGCCUCACAUGGCUCAGUGAGCUACAUGGUCGUAGCAGAGAAUGAACAGGGCCAGCGAUGGCUGUGCAACACCAGUAGCACUUCCUGUUCCAUAGCUGGUCUUCAAUGUGGACAGCAGUACCAAGUCUAUGUUGUGGGUGUAGAUGAAAAAUGUAUUGGAGACAAAAGUAACAUCGAAGAAAUUACAACAGCACCAUGUGUGCCAUGGAACAUCCAGAAUGACCUUGACUGUCUGUCCGGUGUCCUCAACAUUACCUGGCAGUCAACAGGUUAUGCUCCACACUUCCACGCUUCUGUGGCGAGCAGCAAAGGUGAUGUCAGCAUGUGUAUAACGGACAUGCAUCACUGCAUAGUGCAGGGCAUGCAGUGUGGGCUCACCUACAGUGUGACAGUUGUGAGCCAAGUUGACGCCUGCAACAGUUCCCACAGCCCGAUAGAGCAAGUCGCUACAGUGCCCUGCGUGCCACAGAUGGUAACAGCAGAGAUGCUGUGCAGUGACAACAUGGGAGUUGUGUCUUGGGAAGAAGGUGAGGGUGUGUCCUCCUACAUGCUGCAAGCGUUUGGGCCCAGUGGUCAUCAGAUUGAAUGUAACAACACGAAGUCCAGUUGUCAGCUACCCCACAUGCGCUGUGGCCAGCUGUACAACCUUACAGUGACAGCUCUGGAUGGACGCUGCGAUAACAGUCAAAGCUACCUGAACUUGCAGUCCGUACCUUGCAGGCCAACCGAUGUUAAGGCUUCUCUGCAGUGUCACUCAAACUCUGUUGCUGUUACAUGGAAGGCGGCGAGUGGAGCAGUCUCCUACCAUGCAGUGGGUGUCACUUCAGAUGGAACCCACCAGACUGAAUGUAACAACACUAUGACCUCUUGCAAAAUGAGCGAGCUUCAGUGUGGACAGACCUAUAAUGUGAGCGUAUUUGGCCAAGAUGAGUCCUGCUCCAGUGUGGAGAGCGAAACAAUUUUUGUGCAGACAGCUCCUUGUCCACCUCAGGGCGUGAUUGUUGAUGCAGUUUGUGAUGAGGGUGCCAUGUCUGUGUCUUGGUCCCACAACCCUGAUGCCCAUUACUUCCAUGUCGUGGCAGCAAGCCACAAUGGAGCGAGACUGUACUGCAACUCGAGUGGUACAGUCUGCACUUUUGAGAAUCUACCAUGUGGAGACAGCUACAACGUUACACUCGUGUCUGUAAGAAAUGACUGCGAGAGCGAGCCCAGUCCUGCAGUCGAGAUACAUUCAGGUCCUUGUGCCCUCACAUCAAUCAACACAGUGACACAAUGCAACAGUGACAGCAUCCUUGUCGAAUGGGAGAUGUCAAACGAGACGUCAUUUUACAUAGUCACCGCUGAGGGCCACGGCCAACCCAUGAUUUCCUGCAACAGCACUUCUAGUUCUUGUGAACUCCAGGAUGUUCGCUGUGACAUGCACUACAGCAUCACUGUAUCGGCUUCCUCUGAUAAGUGCAGCAGCCUGAGAAGUCCACCCACAAGGAUCAAAACAGUUCCCUGCACCCCAAACAAUCUGACUGUGAUGUCCACUUGCGAGGACAAUGGACCCAUGGCGACAUGGGCCCACUCCCCUGUGGCCACAUCAUACCUGAUGACAGCCGUAGGUAAAGAUGGACACACGGAGAACUGCAACACCUCCGUGAAUAAUUGCACCCUCGCUGAUCUACACUGCGGCCAGCCAUACAACCUGAGCGUCACUGCUAGGGGAGAUAACUGCACCAGUGAACCUAGCGCUGCAUCUUUCACAACAGUCCCUUGUCCACCUUCGACCCUUACAGUGGAUUUUGAAUGUGAGGACAUUGCUGCCAUCCUUACAUGGACCUCUGCUGAAGGCGCUGUGAAGUAUUAUGGGCGUGCCCAGACUAUGGAAGGAGAAAUUCUUUCCUGUGACAGUGCCGAUAAUUCCUGCACUAUCAAAGGACUGCAAUGUGGUGGCAUGUACAAUUUCUCAGUUGAAGCCUCUGACAGCUUCUGCAACAGUUCGUUAAGUGCGCCUGUAGAGAAAGGAGCAGCUCCAUGCGCUCCCACUGCUCUUGAUGUUAGAAUGCAGAAAAUAGACCAAAAUGACUGGCUCAUGAGCUCAUGGGAAACAGUCAACUGUUCAGGUGUCGAGUACUUAGUGGAGAUAUUUGGCCGGAUCCAAGACAACUCCCAAGCCCUGAUGAGUCUCUCUUCUUACUGGCUAUCCGUGCCAUACUUUGAGACCCUGAUGCCUUGCGGCACAACGUACAACCUCACGGUUCGCUCAAGAAACUCAGCUGGAACCAGUAAGCCUUCUCGUGCCUUUACUGGAGUCACAGUGCCGUGUGCUCCAAUGAAUGUACAAUACAGUGGCAGCAGUCAGUCUGCUGUGCUUUCCUGGGAGGCGUCAGUGCUGGCCACAAGCUACAGCGUCUACGAUGUCUCAGGGGAAGGGAUCGUAGUGCUUUGCACCACCGCCGGCCUCUCUUGCCAGUUGACCAACUUCAGUCCUGGUUCCAUUGCAGUGACAGCCAGCAAUGCUGUUGGAGAGAGCCUUCCGAGUAGCAAUAUGACAGGUCCAGUAGGAACUCGCAGGAAAAGACAUUUGCGGGCUUCAAUGAUCCAUGCCAACAUCGACAAAGCUCUGGGAAUCCCAAACAUUCUAAAUGUAGCAUUAAAUGGAGUGUCGAUACAUGUGAGGUGGACACCAGUCAAAGAUGCAACUGAGUAUACACUCAUCAUGGUGGAGGAACAGAGAGAGCAACAUUAUCAACCCCGAGUAAGAAUUGUGGAAGGAAGUUUUUACACUGAGACUGACCUCAAGCCCAGCACCACCUAUUGCAUCAGACUGGCAGCCAGAACCCCCAUCAGCCAAAGCAACUACAGCAGGCCAAAGUGCAGAACCACCGGUGCCUCCAAAUGAAACACACCCUCUUAAUAUGAACAUUG